AUGCUAACGUGCCAAGACCUCUCUUAUUUGUCAAGGAUUGAUUAUAUCGGGUCUGGCUUUACCAAAUUAGUCCUGAAGGGGACUUUAUUGAAUGGCAAAGAUAUUGCAAUCAAGACGGUCCACGGCGAAGGGAACGACGUGAAAAACUGCAUGAAGGCGUAUGGCGACCGCGUCGGCUGUCACCGACUGGCUACGUACAAACUGCAGAAGGAGAUUGCACUGAUGCAGAUUCUGCGGCACCCCGGCAUCACCCAGCUCCAUGGACAGUGCUAUGUGAAUAGCGAUCCCGCAGACCUCAGGGUCACCGCCAUGCUGGAUCUGGGGACUCCCCUUGAGAUGAUUCAACUCCUGCAGGCCCCCUGGGAGGAGAGAUUUAAAGUCUGUCUAGAACUGGUGCGGUUAUUGCAUUACCUGGCAAAUUCACCCUUGGGUUCAGUUGCCCUACUGGAUUUCCAGCCGCGCCAGUUCAUCCUGGUGGAAGGGAGUCUGAAGCUGACGGAUUUGGAUGACGCCACGAAUGAAGAGAUAUUGUGUAGGCAGGACACUGAUUGCACCCUCACCUUUCCUGCCAGGAGUUUCGGAGUUACAUGCUCUGCAGCAGGGACCUGCGUCGAAGCCAAUGAGAAGAGAAAUCUCUACAAUGCCUACAGAUUUUUCUUUACUUACCUCUUGCCCCAUGCCUCACCUCCUGCCCUUCGACCUCUCCUCCAGGACAUCAUGAACACAACAGGUACUCUGAGCAAUCAAAAACAGUUGUUUCCAGCCCAUAUAAGUGCCUGUGUCCCGUCUGACAGACCCGCCAUAAAAUGUCUGCUCUGA